CAAUGAGAAAAUAAGAAGUUUAAAAUAAAUAAAUUAGUAGUUAAUAGUAGGGUUAGAGAAGGGGAAAAUUCGAGUUGCUCGCUUCACAUUUUAGUACUAAACUGGAACCGGCUUCUCAGUAGGUGUUCAAACCGGUGAUUUCCUCAGCCGUCUAUCAAUCUAGUCUCAGUCAUGCUGGCUGCUAGACUUUUCGGGAGGACAUUCUUGGCGGCGGCCAAAUCAGAGAGUUCAGCCGCUCCAGCUGCUGCUAGAACCCUUAAUCCACUUGAGCAGUUUUUUGAAGUAGAUAGAACCCCGGAGGAUGAUAAGCCUGUCGUCUAUGGUCGAGGUUGGAAGGCUUCUGAAUUGCGUCUGAAGUCCUGGGAUGAUCUUCAGAAGUUAUGGUAUGUUCUUCUGAAGGAGAAGAACAUGUUGAUGACUCAACGUCAGAUGCUCAAUGCUCAGAACCUGCGUUUUCCUAAUCCAGAGCGUAUUUCCAAGGUAAGGAAGUCGAUGUGCCGAAUCAAGCAUGUUCUUACUGAGAGAGCCAUUGAUGAAGCAGAUCCAAGGAGGUCAACUGAGAUGAAGAGGAUGAUAAAUGCUCUAUAAUUUUCACUCAUCGGUAGUAGUGUUUAUAUGCCCUUAUAAUGAGUAUUUGGAUUUACCUCCUCGUCUAUUAGCUCCACAUGUAGGAAACUUACUUUUCUUGUGUGUUGUGGUCAUGAAAUGGCAAAUUUUAUCUAUCUACACAACAUUCCUGACAUCCAUGAUGUCAAACAAACUCAAUGAACUAGUUUAUUACGAUGUAAUGGAGAUGGCAAAUCUGUUUAAAAGAUUUGCUCGUGCUGAAAAUAAAAACCAAACUCAGUGUUUAUGCACUCGUGUUGGUCGAUUGUUACUA